CCCAGUCCAUUACAGCCAUUCUCAAGAGCUUUCGCUUUGAUAAGAAGGUAAUACUUCUUUCAUUUAAUUCGCAUUUUCCUUUUCAAUUUCCAAAGUUUAUUACUAUGGAAUCUACCAACACUUUGAAACAUUUAACCAAUCUCCUACGAACUUCCAUGAAUGAGAAUUCUCAAUCAUUAGGAAAACAUAUCCAUGGCUAUCUCCUAAGAACUGGGACCUUUAUUGACACUUUCCUCACGAAUUGCCUAAUUGAAUUCUAUUUCAAAUCAGGCAACAUAAAUAGUGCACGUUACCUGUUCGAUCAAAUGCCACAAAGAAAUGUUUAUUCUUGGCUUACCAUGUUAGAUGGUUUUUGUAAAACUGGUCAUUUAAUAUAUGCCCGUGACCUGUUUGUAAAAAUGCCUGAGAGAAAUACAAUGUCUUGGAACACUUUGAUAAGUUCUUUGGUUAGAAACGGAUGUGAACAGGAUGCGCUUGAAACUUAUCAAUCCAUGCAUAUGGAUGGUUUUCUUCCGAAUAAUUUCACAUUCGCUAGCAUUUUGAGCGCUUGCGGUUCGUUGGUCGAUGUGAAAUGUGGCGAACAAUCUCAUGCUGUUGUUGUGAAAACUGGUCUAGGUGAUCAUAUUUUUGUUGGCAAUGCUUUGUUGGUUAUGUAUGCUAAAUGUAAUCGAAUUUGCGAUUCUAUUAAGAUUUUCGAGUGUUUAAAUAGACCGAAUGAAGUGUCGUUCACGACGAUGAUUAGAGGAUUGGCUGAUUGCGGUCGUGUUUUCGAGGCUGCUAAAGUGUUUAGAUUGAUGCAAAUGAAUAUGUCGUGUAGAAUAGAUCAUGUUUCGUUAUCGACUAUGUUUUCUGCGUUUUAUUCUCAACAAGUUCAUAAUCUUGCUAUUAAACUUGGCUUCGAGAAGGAUCCUUAUUUAUCUAAUUCAUUGCUCAACAUGUAUGUUGAGAACGAAGAAAUGGACAAUGCAAACCUUGUUUUUGCUAAUAUGACAGAGCGUAAUAGCGUUUCUUGGAACAUAAUGAUCGGAGGUUAUGGUCGGAGGAAACAAAUUUCAGAAGCUUUACGUUGUAUGGAAGAAAUGCGGUUGAAUGGGUUUGAACCCGAUGAAAUUACUUAUAUUAAUAUGAUCAUGGCAUGCUUUAUGUCCGAAAGUGUCGAAGUUGGCCUUCAGAUUUUCGAUAGAAUAGAAUCCCGUAGCUUGCGUUUAUAUAACGCGAUGCUAACGGGGUAUUCUCAACACGGUUACCUUCUAGAGGCGAUAAUUCUCUUUAGAAAAAUGCAAUUUGAAUCCAUCCGACCCGAUGAAACAACGUUAGCGGUUAUGCUUAUGUGUUGUUCCGAUAUAGAACUUGUAGAAGGCGAAAGACGAACCCGAGAAAUCCAUGCUGUUUCGCUAAGAUCUAUGUUACACGUCGAUGUUUUCGUUGCGAGCGGGCUUAUUGGCGCGUACUCGAAAUCUAAUGGAAUAGAGAUAGCCAAACGGAUAUUUCAAAGUCAACCCGUUUCCGAUAUCGGGUGUUGGAACUCGAUGAUCGCGGGUUUAUCGAUAAAUUGUUUGGACGAGGAAGCAUUGUGUCUCUUUAAAAACAUGUUGGAUAAAGGAAUCUCGCCGACUCAAUUCUCUUACGCGACCAUAUUAGGCUCUUCCGCAAAACUCUCAUCGCUUACGACCGGGAGACAAAUGCACGGUCAGAUAUCGAGAAGAGGAUUCGUGCACGACGUAUUCGUGGGGAGUUCUUUGAUUAACAUGUACUCCAAAUGCGGUCAUUUGGACGAAGCUAGACAAUUUUUCGACACCAUGGUUACGAAAAACACGAUCACGUGGAACGAGAUGAUCCACGGGUAUGCACAAAACGGUUUCGGAUAUAAAUCAGUCGCUCUCUACGAAGAAAUGAUCGGAUCAUCGAGCGAGAUACCCGAUCGAGUCACAUUUGUCUCGGUUUUAACCGCUUGUAGUCAUUCGGGGAUGGUUGAAUUAGGUUUAAAGAUAUUUAAUUCGAUAGAAAGUCCGUGUUUGGAUCACUAUAUUUGCGUUAUAGAUUUGUUAGCUCGCGCGGGUGAAUUUUUUGAAGUGGAAGCGUUGUUGGACAAAAUGUCGUGUAAAGAUGAUGAUAUCUCGAUGAUUUGGGAACUUAUACUUAGUUCUUGUAGGGUUCAUGGGAAUGUUAGUUUAGGGAAAAGGGCGGCGGAGGAGUUACGACGUUUGGAGCCGACGAAAUCGUGUUCUUAUUUACUUUUAUCAAAUAUGUAUUCUUCAUUAGGUAUGUGGGAAGAAUCAAAUUUGAUAAGAGAUAAAAUGAUUCAUAAUGAAGUUAUUAAGACUCAAAUUGCUUCUAGCUUCAUGGAUGGUGAAUUGGAAGAAACCAAUUGUUGAAAGAUUAUGUCUUUAUUGGGAAAUAUGAUACAUUGUUUAUUUUGGGUAU